CCUCUCCUCUUCUCUUCUUUUCUUCCAUCAAUCUCACCCUCUUCUCCUCCUUUUAAAACACUUGCGCCUUUCUAUCAUCAGGCGACCCUCUCUAUUAUCGCCCAACAUAGUUUAUUUCUCAGAGCGCCUGUUGCCGAUUUCACGACGGGUGACGACCCUCUUGUCACCGCCGAUUGCUUAUCUCGACCACCGAUAACAGCAUUAACAUCCUCGUCACCGCCCCCGGCUACCAUAUGUAAGGCUCCACCAUCCGCAGUCGUCAUUCUUCCUUUCUCUUCAUCAUCCUCGUCCUUUGCGGAUCGAGUACGACGAGAAUAAACUGGGAUCCUAACAUCCUUUUCUUUUAGCAGCCUUCCUGGAAACAUUGCAAAAAUGGCUUCCACCACGCAUAACGCUGGUCUGGACCAUGCCAUCACCGUCAAGGUGAUGUUCGAGGGCAUCACUCGUCGCACCAAGAUGCCUCUUCGGGAUAUGGUCCCAAGAACUCUUGAAUCUAAUAUCCGUACAUUCUUGCACAUUCCCGGAGAUGCUCAAGUCGCCUUUGAGCGAUACUCCGAUUCUGCUGCGUCAUAUGUCCUUCUUGAGGCUGAAAACAUCCCCAUCUACAAGCAACUCUACCGCGCCGCCAAGGCAAAGUCAAAGCUCAAGAUUCGUGUCACCAUCAAAGAACAGCCCAAGGUUACAGUACCUAAGCCUGUCACCGUCGAAGAUGAGCUUGAAACCGCCGCAUUCAGUUCUUCUCCUAUGAGCAUGGACGAGGCUCCCAAAGAAGCUCACGAGACCUCCGAAGAGCCAAGCCCUGCACCCACUCCCGCUGCUGAGGCUCCUGCACCAACCCCAGCAUCAAUCAUCACAUCUCCCGAGACGACUCUUCCGGUCCGUAUUAGCCCUCUAUCGCGAACUUACAACUCUGCUCUCCUCAGUGAUGCUGCGAGACUCAUUGGAGAACGUCGGGAUGCUCGUCUGGAUUUUGAGAGCAGGCUUGCUAAUCUUAUGGAACGACAGUCGGUGCCAAAGCAGACCCCCCAAUCUCUCCCCGUGACCAAGCAUCAUCAGUCCCCAUUCUUUCUGCCCAAGACUGCCGAUCCAUCACUGAACAAAUGCCCUGCUAUGUUCACUCACGCUGGUCCUGGCUUCGCAGUCUGUUGCAACAGCUGCGAAAACAAUAUUCCUGAUGUUCACUACCACUGUUCCACCUGUGACGACGGAGACUUUGAUCUUUGCCAGUCUUGUGUCGAUCAAGGUAUCACCUGCCAUGGUCGAGAUCACUGGUUGAUCAAGCGCUCAACUGUUGAUGGGCAACUAGUCCAGAGCACCACCGAGACUAUCGCCCCUAAGCCUAAGGCGGAGGUCAAAGUUGAGACUAUCAUUGAGACCAAGGUCGAGCCUAAGAUUCCACCUCCAGUUCAGACAUUUCAAUUGUCCAAGCCAAUUUUCGAGCCCCUUGCUGCUCCUUGGGCCUCUCUCGGCAUCAUGCGGACAUGCAACUGCUGUGUGCAAGAACACCCUGAGGCCGAGUUUCUUCAUUGCACCGUCUGCGAAGACUUCGAUCUCUGCCAACCAUGCUUCGCUAAGGACAAGCACGGCCAUCACCCCAAGCACGGAUUUGCCCCCGCUGUCAAGGGAACCAAAAUGCCCCAUCAUGUUGCAGCCAAGAUGAGCCCAGGCCGUAACCAUAUGCACCACGCCAUUUGCGAUGGCUGCGACAAGUACAUCACAGGUAUCCGUCACAAGUGCCUCGACUGUCCUGACUGGGACUACUGUUCUACUUGCAUCAAGUCUGUGAAGAUCAUCCACCCUGGCCACCGAUUUGCGCCUAUCUAUGAGCCACUCACUGAUGUCCGGGCUCGUGCACCAGCGGCCGUCCAUGUUGGCAUUUGCUGCGACGGACCUCUUUGCUCCGGAAGCCAGGCGUACCCCAACUACAUCCGUGGCACCCGAUACAAAUGUGCUAUCUGCAAUGAUUUGGACUUUUGUGCCAACUGCGAGGCCAGCCCCAUUAACGCUCACAACAAGACUCAUCCCUUGAUUCAGUUCAAGACUCCUGUCCGCCAUAUCAGUGUUACAACAACUGGCGAGAACCAGGAUGGCCAGUAUAUGCCCGAAAUGGGUGACCACCAGAGCACGUCCAAGUCUACUGAGACUGAACCCACGGUUCCCAGCAAUUCCAUCAACCCUGUCCGUACUAUCGUUGAUGUCAAGCCAACUGAGCCUGCUCCAGCCAAGAUUUCCGUCAAGACCCCCGAGCCUGAGGUGAAGGAAAUUAAGAAGGAAUCUACUACUCCCGAGGCCAUCCCCACCCCCAAGGCGGAAUUCAAGGGUGUAUUCGUUCGCGAGACCAUCCCCGAUGGUACUAUCCUUCCCCCCAACCAUGUUUUCGAACAAACAUGGACUCUCCGCAACGAUGGCAAGGAGAACUGGCCCGCUGGUUGCUCCGUCAGAUUUGUGAGCGGCGAUUACAUGGGUCAUGUUGACUCCAAUCACCCGGCCGGCAUCUCCGAGCUUGUGUCUGCCUCAGAGUCUACCGUGUGCUAUGCUCCUCUUGGUCCUGGUCAGGAAUUUCCCUUUACUGUCCUACUCCGAACACCCGUUCGGCCUGGCAAGGUCAUCUCUUACUGGCGUCUUACAACUCCAGAUGGAGAGAAAUUUGGUCACAGACUGUGGUGUGAUGUCAAUGUCCGAAUUGUGAAGGAGGAGCCCAAGCCCGAGCCCGAGUCCGAGCAGGAGGCGAAGCAGGAGCCCACAGCUGUUGAGGAGCCUAAGCAGGAGAAUGAUAGCCAAGCCUCGAGUCAGAUGAUUUUCCCCAAGCUUGAGAAGGAGUCACCUGUGGCUAGCAUCCACGAGGCUGUUGAGCCUAUCUCUACCGUUGAGGAGCCUAAAGAGUCAGAAACCAUUGAUGACGAAUGGGACUAUUCUGAAGAUGGAUUCAUGACAGAUGAGGAAUACGACAUCCUGGAUGCUUCCGACGAGGAGUAUCUGGAGGAGCAAAAGAAGAAACUUGCCACCAAGUAAGCGUAAAUUUGAUUUCUUAGGAUGGGAAUGAGGGUUACGGAUCUAAUUCUUUAUUUGUUUUUGCUUCGGCCAAUAUUGCUUCCUCUCUUUUCAAUUCUGUAUUAUUUCUUCUGUCUUCAUACCUUUCGUUGUCGUUUAUUGACGGCAACGAUAUCAAACCGGGUAGCCAUGAACAAGGCCAUAGCCAGGUAUCUACGAACCUUCUCGUAACAUGUUUAGUGAGAGAAGAACACGCUCUUUUGGUAGUUUGGACUAGGUAACUCAGGAUGCAACAAUGGGAUUCGGUGAUUUGAUAACUAAAGAUUGACUUUGC